UACCGUGACGUCACAUGGAGGGAAGGGAAAAAAAAAAGAGACGCGCAUGCGCACUAGCAAGACGCGCACACAACACUGCUCACUUGACUUCAUUCCAGCAAAGACGUGAAGAGACUCACAAGGGGACAAUGAAGUUCCGCAGCAUUAAGGCGUUUGUGCUCUGCCACGGUUUGCUGCAGUUCUCCCAGCUGCUGUACAGCUCGUACUUCAAGAGCACCCUGAGCACCGUGGAGCGGCGCUACGGCCUCAGCAGCUACUCGGCGGGAACCCUGUCCUCCCUGCACGAGGUGAGCAACUGCGUGCUGAUCGUGUUCUUGAGCUACUUUGGGAAUCGCGUGCACCGCCCCCGCGUCAUCGGCGUCGGCGGGCUGCUGAUGUCCAUCAGCGCCAUGAUGCUCGCCCUGCCGCACUUCCUGUCACAGCCGUACGAGUACGACUCGGUUCUACUGAACCGUCAGGAAAUCUGCGACGCGCAGAGGAACUCCAGCGCCUCCGAGUGGUGCGGCCGCGACGACAGCAGGCGACUGGCGGACACGCGCACCCUGUGGACGCUGAUGGCCGCCGCCCAGCUGCUGUUCGGCGUCGGCUCGGUGCCAAUGCAGCCCUUCGGCAUCUCCUACAUCGACGACUUCGCGGCGCCGGGCAACUCCCCGCUCUACAUAGCCAUCUUGUUCGCCGUUUCCGUGUUCGGGCCCGCCUUCGGCUUCCUGUUGUGCUCCGUGAUGCUCCGCAUCUACGUGGACGUGGACAAACUCGACAUCAGUUGGGACCAAGCGCUGAGUCCGGGCGACCCUCGCUGGGUCGGCGCCUGGUGGAUGGGCCUCCUCCUCACGUCGGCGUGCCUGGCCCUCACAUCCCUGCCGUACUUCUUCUUCCCUCGCACUCUGCCGUCAGAGGGCCUGAUGAUUGGAAGGGAACCCUGUGUGGACUUCAAGAAACCUCGCGUCUCUUUGUCUGGCUUCUUAAAAAUGUUCCCCAGGAGGUUCUUUCACCUGCUGCUGAGUCCGCUCUUCCUGGUCCUGAUCCUGGCCCAAUGCUGCUUCUCCUCGGUGAUCGCCGGCCUCUCCACCUUCCUCAACAAGUUCCUGGAGCGCCAGUACAGCGCCUCGGCCGCCUAUAGCACCAUGCUGGUCGGAGCGGUGAAUCUUCCGGCCGUGGCGGUGGGCAUGCUGGUGGGCGGCGUCAUCAUGAAGCGGACGGGAAUGUCCCUGAAGAACAUCCCUCGCUUCUCCGUGCUCAUGCUGAGCGUCUCCACGCUGAUGUGCGCGCCGCUCUUCUUCAUGGGCUGCUCCACGCACAAGGUGGCGCAGGUCAAUCACUACCAGAUCGGACAGCGCGGGUCUCUGUCCCCGUGCUACGCCAACUGCUCUUGCCCUGCGGGCACCUUCAACCCGGUGUGCGGCUCCGACGGCGUCGAGUACAUCUCGCCGUGUCACGCCGGCUGCAUCAAUUUCACCAGAAGCCCAGACAACGGGCACGCCGUCCAGCUGUACACCAACUGCAGAUGCAUCCCGGGCAGCCAGAGCCACGCGCGGCCGUCGCCCUGCGCCAACCGCUGCCCCCACUUCCUGCUGCCCUUCAUCCUGGUGCUGUCGGCGGGGGCGCUCCUCGCCUGCCUCACCCACAACCCCAUGUACAUGAUGCUGCUCAGGAGCGUACCGUCGGAGGAGAAGUCCUUUGCUAUCGGGGUUCAGUUUCUCCUCUUGAGGCUUUUGGCGUGGCUUCCGGCUCCGGCGCUGUUCGGCGUGGCCAUCGACACGUCGUGCGUCUGGUGGAAGCGAGUGUGCGGCAAGAAGUUCAGCUGCGGCUACUACGACAACGACGUCUUCAGAAGCAGGUAUCUGGGCUUGCUGGUGGGCUACAAGGUGAUGGGCGUGGCGCUGCUGGCCAUCCUGGGCUGGAAAGUGCUCCGAACGCAAGAGUACAGCCUGGAGAAGCGGCCCAACGGCCUGCUAUAGAACCCGCCACCUCCCUUUUUUCCCAUUUUGAAGGUGGGAGCGCUCAAAAAGACCAAACAGUGAUAAUACCUCACAGCUUCCGCAGGACUUGUAUAAAUAACAUGUUCACGACUGCCCGUCAGGUAGGACCUUAUGCACAGCCCAGUCAUUGUAUAGCUUAAUAUUUAAGUGAUUUUUGUAUACUGUGUAACGGCACGCUGUUCCGUUUUGAUUUCUAUUUACUCGUUGUAUUCGUCACACAUUUUUCGGUGCUACGUACCGCACGUUAUGCCUGCUUUUUAAUAAAUCAUGCUGUAGAUGAC